AUGAAAUGGACAUUUAACGAAUAUUAUGAUAAUGAAGAAUCCGAUCCUGAUAAUGCAAAGUUCAAAGAAUUAUCUGAAAAACUCAGUGGAUUUCUAAAGUUGUUUAACUUCUACAUAUUAAUGUUUGCAUUGUCUGGUUUUCUGAUAAAUUUCGUUCAUUUUAUAAUUAUAACAAGAAGACCACUCAGAACAAAUAGCGUAUAUGUUUUGAUGAUUGGAAUUACUUCAAGUGACUUGUACACCAUGUUUGACAUUAUUUACGUUUAUAUCGAUUCAAAAAUUUCAAUUUCUACACAAAACAAUAAGAUUAAUAGCUUUGGAUGUGAUGUCUCAGGAGUUUCCAAUGGAUUUAUAUAUGUCCUCUGUGGGCUUUUGAUGAAUGCUCUUGGAGAGAUUCUUCGAAGAGUAUCCACGUGGCUUGCCCUUUUCAUGGCACUUUUUCGAUUUUUGAUUGUCCAGUACGCAAUGAGCUCUAAACUGGACAUCCUCUCAACACCAAAGUUUGCAAUAAAAACUAUCAUUACCACAUUUUUGAUCAGUAGUAUUAUUACCACCCUUGCUUAUAUUGGUCAGUUUUCAAUAGUGGACGAUGGGUUGCGGCUUCAUGAUUACUGCGAUAAGCCUAAAGAAACUCAACACUCUUAUGUAGUGGUAAAUAGUCGUAUAUUUGAUGCUUAUUGGCCAAUUGUUGUAAUGUAUUCAUUAAUGUCGGAUGGUAUUACAAAAAUCAUACCGGCUGUUACUCUUCCCUUCUUGACAAUUGGCUUGAUCAGAUGUAUUCGAGCAGCUUCUAGUGCACGAAGACAUCUUAGCAGUCAACAAAGAAACUCAACAAAUGAUAGAUCUAUAAAAUUAGUGGCCACCAUGACUGUAUUAUCAAUGUUUGCUGAAAGUCCAAGUGGCAUUGUUCAUACUUAUCAAUUCUUCUACUAUGAUCAUUCGUCCAUUAUAGCGUCUGUAAAAAGUCUUGACAAACUUUUCAUAAAUCUGGCAAUCCUAAAUGCUAUCGUCCACUGCGCCAUUAAUUUUGGAAUGUCAACCCAGUAUAAUGAGGUUGCUAAGAAACUAUUUUGCUUAAAAAUUAUUGGAAGAAGCGAAGUAGGAAGUGUGGAAACGGCAUAUGCGUUAGCUUAA